AUUUAAGAGAGAGAGAGAGAGAGAGAGAGAGAGAGAGAGAUGGAAGUUGUUCAAGUGCUCUGCAUGAAUGGAGGAAUAGGAGAAACAAGUUAUGCAAACAAUUCCUUGCUUAAGCAAAAAGUAAUAUCUAUGACCAAACCCAUCGCAGAGGAAGCUAUAGCCAAUCUGUACUGCAACACCUUGCCAAGGAGCAUAGCCAUCGCAGACUUGGGUUGUUCUUCUGGACCAAAUACUUUGUUCGUGGUUUCAGAACUUAUCAAGGAAGUGGACAAGCUUCGCCAAAAGCUAGGCCAUGAUUCACCUGAAUAUCAAGUGUUUUUGAACGACCUUCCAGGGAAUGACUUUAAUACCAUUUUCAAGUCAUUACCAAGCUUCCAGAAAGAAAUGAGCUUUCAACUGGGGCCUGGCGCUGGUCCAUGUUUGUUUUCAGGAACUCCUGGUUCCUUCUAUGGCAGGCUUUUUCCGAGCAAUUGUCUGCAUUUUGUCCAUUCUUCUUAUAGUCUCCAUUGGUUGUCUCAGGUCCCAGAAGGGGUGGAUAAUAACAAAGGAAACAUUUACAUGGCAUCUACAAGCCCUCCAUGUGUAUUUAAAGCGUACUACGAGCAAUUCCAAAGAGAUUUUUCAAUAUUUUUGAAGUGUCGUGCGGAAGAGUUGGUAGCUGGAGGGAGAAUGGUAUUAACAUUGUUGGGAAGAAGAAGUGAAGAUCCAUCUAGCAAAGAGUGUUGUUACAUUUAUGAGCUUAUGGCUUUGGCACUCAAUGACAUGGUCUCAGAGGGACUCAUAGAAGAAGAUAAAGUGGAUUCCUUCAACAUUCCUAAUUACACACCAUCCCCUACUGAAUUGAAAUUUGAAGUUUUAAAAGGAGGAGAUUUCUCCAUUGAUCGCCUAGAGGUCUCUGAAGUCAACUGGAACAUUUAUGAUGGUGAAUUCAACACAUCUAAUGGGUUUAGUAAUGAUGGAUAUGGUGUUGCAAAAUAUAUGAGAGCAGUGGUUGAACCCUUGCUUGUUACUCACUUUGGAGAUGCAAUAAUUGACGAGGUUUUCCAUAGAUAUGGCAAAAUUAUUGAUGAUCGCAUUUCUAAAGAGAAGACGCAGUUUAUCAAUUUGACAAUUUCCGUGACAAAAAAGGGAUGAUUAUGAUAUUUAGAUAUAUAUGGCUGAUUGAAUAUUGUCAUUUCAUAAUAUGAAUGACUUAAGUAGUGUGGUUCUCCAAUAUAAUAAGGUGAUAGCUAGGCCAAGUUUGUAUUUUGUCUUUUCUAAUUCCCGUACGAAGGGUUGAUGUGUUAUUCGCAAGUGCUCCUUUAUGUAAUAAAAUAAUGCCUAUGAAAAAGUUUGGCUUGAAUUGUUCUCAUUGA